AUGACCACCGCAGCUCAGCCGCAACCAUUACCGGAGCAGGUAACUACUCUACCCAAGACUGUGAACAUAGCAAUUAAGGCUCUCUUCGAACGUAGAAACGAAAAACGGAAAACGAAGAAGCCACAUCAGCUUCUAGAGGAAGACGAAUCCGUUUACCUAACCGUAGACCUGAAUACGAUUCCACAGACGCAUCAGAGGAGCGCUUACCGAAUCUCCCUUCCGCAUCCUCUGAUCAACACUACCGAAGACUCGCCGAAGCUCUGUCUCAUCGUCGACAACGGAAAAAAAAGUGGUCUCAAAAAGGAGAAAGCAGUGAAGAAGAUCAAAUCGGAGAACAUACCGAUCACUACAGUUCUCGAGCUAUCGAAGCUUAAAUCGGACUAUAAAUCAUUCGAAUCGAGACAGAAGCUAUGCGAUUCCUACGAGAGGUUCUUCUGUGAUCGGAGAGUGAUUCAUGUGUUGCCGAGAGUAUUUGGGAAGAAGUUUUUUGGUAGCAAGAAGAUUCCUGUGGCUAUUGAUACGAAGAAGAACUGGAAAGGGCAGAUUGAGAAAGCUUGUAGAGGUGCUAUGUUCUUCAUUAGGACUGGGAUUUGUAGUGUCAUCAAAGUAGGGACAUUGUCUAUGGAAAGGGAUGAAAUCGUCGAGAAUGUGAUGGCGACUGUGAAUGGAGUAGUUGAUUCUUUGCCUGAUAAGUGGACAUACGUUAGAUCCUUGCAUUUGAAGUUAUCUGAGAGUUUGGACUUGCCUAUAUAUCAGACUAUGCCUGAUGACUUGAAGCUCAAGGUUGAUCCUUUUGGUGUUAAGGAUGGUGAAGAAUUAGUUAAAAGUGAUGAUAUUGAUGAUGGUAGUAAGAGUUUGAAGAAAAAGAAGAAGAAAGGAAGGAUCCAUGAGGUUAUUGAUGACGAUGAAAACCAAAUGAAUUUGGAAGAUGAUGAAGUUGAUGGUGAUCUCAAUGGUUCUCGAGAUAAAAAGAAGAGGAAGAAGAUGAGUAGUAGUGAGUCUGAAGUGAGUGAGAAACAAGUGAAGAAAUCGAAGCAGAAGAAUGUAUUGAAGUCGAAAAAGCUAAAGAAUGACAUUGAUGAGUCUGGUGGUGGAUUGAAAGCAAAGAAGACUAAGAGGAGGAAAGAAGAUUAUUGA